UUCCGGCGGCGGUGAUGGCAGCGGGGUGGCGGGUGCCGGUUCUGGUGCUGGCGCUGGGCGCGGCAGUGCGCGGCGGCCUCGGGCCCGUCACCUGCGGCUCCGUGGUGAAGCUGCUCAAUGUGCGGCACAAUGUCCGUCUGCACUCGCACGACGUGCGGUACGGCUCAGGCAGCGGGCAGCAGUCGGUGACCGGGGUGUCGGCGGCGGAUGACGGAAACAGCUACUGGCGGGUGCGGGGCCGUACGGCGGCUGUCUGCGAGCGGGGCACGCCGGUGCGCUGCGGGCAAGCCAUUCGCCUCACCCACCUGGGCACCGGCCGCAACCUCCAUAGCCACCGCUUCGCCUCCCCUCUUUCCGGGAACCAGGAGGUGAGUGCAUUCGGGGAGGCUGGUGAGGGAGACUACCUGGAUGACUGGACAGUGGUGUGCAGUGGGACCUACUGGGUGCGGGACGCUGAGGUGCGCUUCCAGCACGCUUCCACCGAUGUCUUCCUCUCGGUGACUGGGGAGCAGUACGGGCGGCCCAUCCAUGGGCAGAAGGAGGUGCAUGGCAUGGCUGCCUCUAGCCAGAAUAACUACUGGAAGGUGAUGGAGGGUAUCUUCAUGCAGCCUAGCGAGGUCUUCAAAGCGGAGCAGUACCACGCUGAAUUGUGAUGGACGGACAGACUGACACCAAGUCUCUGGGUGCUGCCCUGCAGUGUUUGGGACCACUCAAUUCAGGGGAUAGCCUUUGUCCCCACCUGAGUUUGACACGUGUCAGGAUGUGGAGACCCAAGUCCCACACAAGGCAGAUCCCAAUGUCCUGAAUUCAACACAGAACAGAUCCUAGUGUCCCAAAUUGGACACAAAGCAGAUCCCAACAUCCAUACCUGACCCGAAGCAGAGCCUAACAUACAACAUGAAGCAGGUUCCUCAUACUAUAAAUUCAGCACAAAGCAGAUGCUAAUGCCUAGACCUGACCCAAAGAAGAGGCCAGCAUCCACAAUCUGACAUGAAACAGGUUCCCCACAUCAUAAAUCCAGUCCAAAGGGGAUACCAAAAUCCAGACCUGACCCAGAGCAGUGCCCAGUAUCUGAUAUCCAGUGGGAAACGGGUACCCAACAUCAAAAGCACAGCCCAAAGCAGUUCCCAACAUCCAGCCCUGACCCCGAACAGGUUCCUGAAUGCCCCAAACUUUCAUCACUCCCUCAUCCUUCUCCCAGGUCCCCACUGACUGAGGACUCCCUUGAAGGGCUGCUGUCCCCCAAACCACUCCUCGCACUGGGGGCUAUAAAAGAUCUG